GUCUCUCUAUUCUAUCUUAUCUGAAGUCAUUCAUAUUUCUCCCACAUUUGAUGCUUUCUUCUCUCUGAAUUUUCUCGCCGGUCUUGUGAUAUUCUCUUGACUUGAUAAUUGUUUCCAUCUCCACGGUGGUGACAUUCAUCAAGACGCAAUGGAGGUAUUCGUGAGAAACGUGCCAAUUCAUGCUGGAGAGCACGAUCUUCGCAAUUUUCUCAGGCCCAAGUUGAAUGCUCUUACAAUUCGUGCGUUUCAUUGUUACACUGCGCGAAGCAUAGACUAUGCGAAAAUCACCUUUCGGACGGCUACAGAUGGAGAAAAAUUUCUACGCAAGUUUGGUGAACGGAGACCAAACAAUAGACAACGAAAUCCGAGAGCUACUCCGGCAAAGCUUGUUUAUCACAGUACGCCGAUUUAUUGUGAGAAGAGUAAAUCAGCUGCCAAUCCAUAUUUGCUCCGAUGCUUGGAAAAGGAAGAGAAAGAACGUGUUGAGAAUUCCUAUCUUAAUCAUGGCCCACCAGUUGCUAACACUUCGUUUGAAUGCUCUACAAUCAUGUGUGGUAAUUGGAGUUAUUUUGGAGAGAAUUUGGUCUUCAUGCCGGAGUUGAUAUGGCAAAGUAGGAUCAUUGUUCAUUUCAAGGAGAGAGCAAUGAUAUUGGUUCUGAAUAACGGAUCAAGGAUGGUAAUUCGGUAUGAUACAAUUGAACUUCUCACAACUGAUGACGGUCAUUACCCAGGAAUUACUGCGACGCUUCAUCAAUCCCCUCAUUUCUUCAAUUCGCCCCCCAAAAAUGAUCUCCUUGAGAUGAUCAAUAUGUUUGGUAAAGUAAACCUCAGAAACGGCAGCAGGCCUCACACAAAAAGGUCUCGAGUCGCUGGUUUUGGCGAUAAGCACAAGGAGAUUGCGGGGAGCUCUCGCGUGUAUCGCUGUACAUUCAAAGACACAAACGGAUUCUCAUCGGUUAUUGAGCAAAAGUUGGAGACAUUGAAGAAUGCUCGAGGCAUUCCUCCAAUGAUUCAUCAUUCUGCUUCAAUUAUUAGUCCUAGAGAAUCUCAUAUUAUCGGACUCAGGAAACUCCAUGAAGCUUUAGAGAGUUUCAAUAACGAGCUACCAUUCCCAUUGACAUUUCAAGUCCAAAAGCUAGCCCAGAACGGAUAUUUGUCUCCUCGCAAAAUAAUCGAUCUUCUACCAGCCUUCACUUCAAUGUUUGAAAGAACUACUCUUCCAAUUUGCGUCACGACCAUGAGGAGGUUAUUUUUGCAAAUCCCAUACCCUGGACCCAAUGUCAAAGCGGAAGAUUUUGACGAGAACGCCAUCAUUGAACUACUUUUGGAUAUUGAGAAGACCUCGACUCAAGAGGCCCAGUAUGCCGAAGGAUUUGGGGGCACAGCCUCUCAGAAUACUGCUUUGAUUCAUCGGGUUACCAUUACUCCUGCCGGGAUGUAUCUAGAUGGUCCUGAGUCUGAGAGUAAUAAUCGCAUACUCCGUAAAUAUGCUGGCAGCCAUAGUAACUUUGUACGUGUGACCUUCUGCGAUGAAGAUGGCGGAAGAAUUCAAUAUGCAUCAAAUGUCUCUAACGACGAGAUAUUUGACGGAGUUUUCAAGAAAGUUCUACAAAAUGGUUUCUCAAUUGGAAAACAGAAAUAUGAGUACCUAGGCUCUUCACAUUCUUCUCUUCGUACACAAUCUUGUUGGUUUGUGGCACCUUUCACACAAAACAAUGUAUAUCAUGAUGCCCAGCGUAUUAUCCGCGACUUAGGCCAGUUUGGAGAUAUUCGCUCCCCGGCCAAAUGUGCGGCACGAAUCGGACAGGCAUUCUCUGAUACACCAAAUACUCUCACUCUUGAUGAAACUGUCACAAUAGAAAUAGUUGCUGACGUCGAACGAAAUGGCAGAGUCUUCAGUGAUGGAGUGGGCACAAUGUCGGAGUUAUUGAUGCACAAGAUAUGGGAUAAACUACCGAAUAAACACCGUGUGAAGCCGACUUGUUUCCAAAUUCGCUAUCAAGGCGCCAAAGGAAUGAUUUCUCUGGAUAGUCGUCUCCCAGGCGUUCAGUUACGACUCAGAGAUUCUAUGAUAAAGUUCGAAGGAUCGAGUUCGAAUGAUCUUGAAAUAUGCGGCGGUGCAUACAAACCCCUCCCUAUGUAUCUUAAUCGACAAUUCAUUAAAAUUCUGGAAGACUUAGGAGUGCAGCCUGAAUACUUCAUGAGGCUCCAAGCAAAGGAAAUCUCACGAAUGAGAGCAAUCACAGCCAAUGCAUACAACGCAUCGACAUUUCUUCAAACCAAAAGAGUCGGAGAUGUUGUUCUUCUCCCAUACCUUAUUGACCAUUGUUCUGCUUUAGGUUUGGACUUCAGAAAUGAUUUAUUUUUACGGGAUGUUCUCGAAAUGACAGUCUUGAUUGAGCUUCGUACUUUGAAGCACAAGGCCAGAAUACCCGUCGAGAAGGGUUAUCAUCUACAUGGUAUCAUGGACGAGACUGGAAUUCUAGAGGAAGGCGAGAUUUAUUGUUGUUGGCUUGAGGAUGGAAGACGCACAACUCUGGUCGGAUCGAAUGUUGUUAUCACUCGUGCUCCUGCCCUUCAUCCUGGAGACAUUCAAUGGGCGACUGCUGUGGAUGUUCCAGCUGAUUCUCCGUUAAAGAAACUUUACAACUGCGUUUGCUUCAGUCAGAAAGGUCCUCGGGAUCUACCAAGUCAGUUAUCGGGUGGAGACUUAGAUGGGGAUCUCUAUUAUGUCAUGUUUGAUCCAGAUAUGAAAUUAAAGAGGACUGUAACGCCUGCGGACUAUCGACGAUUGCCACCUCUAGACAUCGGCCGCUCAGUCACACAACCAGACAUGGCAGAUUUUUUCCUGACUUUCAUGAAGACGGACCAACUUGGUGUUAUAUCCAAUAGACAUCAAGUGUAUGCAGACCAAGAUGUGAUGGGAACCGAGUGUUCUAAUUGCCUUAAAUUGGCGGAGCUUUGCUCGACGGCAGUUGACUAUUCCAAAACUGGAAUUCCGCCUAAUCUUGGUGAUCCAAGUGUCCCCAAGAGUACCCUCUGGCGUCCUGACUUUAUGGCUCCAGGUCCUCAUAUCAAAAUCUCCCAUCGGCCUGAUGAUCGUCUGGAAUUUGUGAAAGAGUAUGUUCCAAUUGAGGCAAUGGACGAAGAGGACGAAAUCACGAAUAUCAAGUACUAUGAAAGUAAAAAAGUUUGUGGACGGCUUUACCGGGCGAUUGAUGAGCGAAAAGUCUUUGAGGAUAUUCAAAAGCUGAACGUACAAGCUAAUGAUAGUCCUGAUGUCAUGCAGCACAUGUGGGAGUUCGUUAAAUCUCGUUCCCAGGGAAUUCAAUGGCAACAUUUGCGCGAAGAUGCCCUCGAGAUUCAAGAAAUUUAUGAGAACAACAUGCUAGAUAUAAUGCAUGAGUACAGUGAACAUCCAACUCGUCCCAUCAGCGAGCGCGAGGUAUUCGUAGGUAACAUUCUCGGAAAAGUUGGAUCUGUAAGCAAAAAGCAAAGAGAGCUGUGCACCAGCAUGAAAGAGAAAUAUGACGAAAUCGCGGCAUUCAUUGUCAAUUGCAUCAUCAAGGUCAAUGAUGAGUAUUCGGAUGAGGCUCUCGAGCGAAGCAUUGCUUGUUUUGCAGUUUCUUUGGAUGAUAGAAAGAGGAAGGGCGCUCGAGACGAACCUCUAAAGAGCUUCAGAUACUUAGCUGCGGGUGUGUGUUUGAGGGAAAUGGAGAGGGUACCUGGUCUUCUUCCGAAUAGUUGGCAGGGAUAGAAAUUGGUGAUUCAUUGUUCGUGAGAACUUGAUACAGAGUUUUUUUUUUGUCAAGGAUAAGCUAUUAUUGCAUCAAACUUGAUGGAGAUGAGGGGAUGGAUGGAAAUACGGGCUUCUUAUGACUAUAAUUGCGGAGCUUGACGUGCUUCUAACGAUUUGAUGUCUCACGGUUUCAUUUUCUUUUCCAAUGGGUUCUGCUUAGAUUUCGCUGGUCUCUUAUUUCAUGGUAAAAUUUAGCUACCUAGGUAGAGAGCUUUAGAAAUUCUCAGAAAGUUUAAUAAACCCAU